AAAGAUUCAGUCUUUGUGAUCGUUGUCGUUAGUCGGAUUAUUGUGAUAUAGAAUUUUUAAGUGUUCUAGACGAAAUUUUUUCGUUAGCCAACGGAAAUGGCAGCUAUUGAAAAUAAUUUGGUUUUGGUGUGUUUUUUGUUAAGUGCGAUUUAUGUUUGGAUAAAUCGGGCGAAAUAUAAACUCAUAUGGAAAUUAAACGGUGUCCGCGGCAUAUUGCAACAACCUUUGUUGUUUAUUAUUAUGUGUUUCAUGCUUGAUCCAAAAAGAUUACUGGAAACACUGCGAUAUCUUCGAAAGUAUUUUAAAAGACCUUUGGCGUUUUUAUUUGGCGUUCAGUCUGUACUCUAUGUUGACGAUCCAGUUUUAAUGGAAAGAGUUUUAAACUCUCCUGAAUGUCUAGAUAAAACAUUUUUGCAAGAUGGAUUUUUUGUCAGAAAAGGAUUACUUCAUGCCAAAGGUCAAAAAUGGAAAAUAAGACGAAAGCAACUUAAUCCAACCUUCAGCUACAGUGUUCUCAUGAGUUUCUUUCCAACAUACAAUAGCGUCGCCAACUCACUCCAAGCCAAAUUCAAUGAUUACCUAGGCGAUCAAGAAUUCAACGAAAUCGAGGACAUUAUAAGUAGAGCAGUUCUGGUCACAGCGUGUCAAACCACUAUGGGAACGGAAACAAAUUUCUUGGAAAAUGAUGAACACGAAAUUGCUCAAACCUACAAAAAACUCUUGAGGAUAUCAUCGAUAAAAACAAUCAAACCAUGGUUACAAAUUGAUUUCCUAUUCCGAAUGACUAAACUCUAUAAUACAGACAUAGAACUCAAUAAAAUGGCCGCAGAUUUUGUCAAAGAUAUUGUGAGCAGAAAACACAACGAAUGGAAAAAGAACGAACGAAACACAAGCACCAUUGAGACGGCAUUAUGGGAAGAGGAACAGGGAACGCAACGUAAGAAAAGAAAUUUCAUUGAGCAAAUUUUCCACUUGGCAGAAAAUGGCGAAAUCACGUUACAGGACAUUAUGGAUGAAUGCAAUUCUAUGGUUUUGGUUGCAUUCGAAACAGUCUCAAACAGUAUACUGCUGGCAUUGCUCUGUCUGGCAAUGUAUCCGGAAACUCAAAAGAAGUUACGCCAGGAGAUACACUCAACAUUUCCAAAUGGUGAUGUCUCGAGUAUAUCCGGGGAUAAUCUGAAGGAUAUGAAGUUUCUGGAUAUGGUUAUUAACGAGUCUCUGCGUCUAGUUACUACCAUCCCCAUGGCAUUGAGAGGUGUCAGUGAGGAUUUUGUGUUGAAGGACGAUAUCGUUAUACCAAAGGGUACCUUCAUCAUAUUGGACACAUUUAAUAUGCAACGAGAUUCGGUCCUUUGGGGUCCAAUGGCAGAAGAAUUCUACCCAGAGCACUUUUUGCAAGAGAAUGUGGCCAAGCGACAUCCAUAUACAUACGUUCCCUUUAUGAAGGGAUUGAGGUUUUGCAUAGGAUGGCGUUAUAGUCUUAUGCUGACCAAGGUUAUAAUAGCCAAACUCAUUCAUUCGUAUAACUUUGAGACUGAAACAAAGCUAAAGGAUUUGAAGUUCAUCGAAGGGAUAUCAUUGAAAAUAAGGGAUUGCGAUAAAAUUAAAUUUACUGUGAGUAGGGUUAAGAAUCAAUAAGUGCUGAGUUUUAGUUUAUUUUUAUAAAAAUGUUAGUAAUAAGCCAAUAUAAAAUUUGAAGAGAAA